UUUUGCGAGACGGGCUCCAUCCCAAGUCAACCGCGCGUGGUGCCGUUUUUUCGGGCCUUCGCAGAACUGGAGAUGCGCGUCACUUUGCCGGAGGCAGAAGCAGAUUGCAGCUGCUUUUCGCCCGGCUGUGAGGCCUGCCGCGGCAAGAAGGUCAUCGACUCUUUGCUGGGUCAACUGGCAGGGCACGCAGUGCCUCAGAUGGCAGAGGCCCGGGCGUACAGCGCCGGGCAGGAGUUGCUGGCUUUGCUCCGGCCAGCGCCGACGCAAGACUGGAGCUGGCACGUGCAAGGUGUGGAAGCGGAACCUGGUGCGGACCCCGCUUAUGACUACACCUGCGACUACCCAGAGACCUGGACCGACGACAGCACCUCCGAGCAGUUGACCAGCGACGAGACCUUGAUUGGCCCUGAUGGAGCAGUCUACGACGUGUUCUAUCCCUCAGGGCCCGACGAGAAGGAGGAGACAUCCACCACCUGCAGUGAUGUGGGAGGCAGCCCGGUCCCGAUGUCCCGGCAGAGAUCGGCAGAGGUCGGCAUCGAAGGCAUCGUGGACUUCAUGCGCACCGCCACCAAGGCGCGGUACCCCUCCCGCGUGCGGCUCUACAAGCUGGUGCACAGUGCGGCACAGUCCGCACUGGCAGAACACUUCGAGAGGAUGGCUUUGAUCGGCAGCACAGCGCUUCGGAUCGACACCCCGGAUUCCGACCUGGAUGUGGUGGUUUACACACGCGCUGAGGAGCCUUUGAACCCUGUGGAGGCCUUGCGGAAGAUCACGGAGGUGCUGAAGAGCGAGGAGGAUUUGAAGCUGCAACUGGUGGACUGCGCGCGAGUGCCGGUGCUAACAGUGCUGUCUGAGGAUGGACGCCUGUCUUUGGACUUGACCGUAGACCAGCCGCUUGGGGAGUGGCAUGUGCUUUGGUUCCAGAGCCUUUGGCAGUGGGCGCCGCUGCCCGCCACGGAGACUCUGCCUCCGCCCAUGGAGGAGGGUGACGACUGGGCCAGCGGUUUGGAGGCCACAGCGCUGCGGUGCAUCAAAUGGUGGCUGCGGCGCCGGAACAUCCCCGUGUCCAAGGAGGGCGGCUAUCCCACGGUGGUGUGGACGCUGAUGGUGCUGCAUGUUCUGAGGUGUUCCGUCUUUGUGGACGAGUCCAAGAAGCACGGCAACCGGGCGCUGCUGGGGGCCAUCGCUGCCUUCUUCGACCGCUUCGCGUCCGAGCGCUCUGGGGGCACGCUGAGCUUCUGCAUGGGCCCAGAUGGGAUGAGCUCAGCGUUCCACCCACAGUACGAGGAGCCGCAUUUGCGCUACACCUCCGAGAGCUAUGGCGCGCUGUCGGUGCUGGAUCCCACCACCACCUGCGAGCAGAGCAUCGCCUGGGGCGUCAUGCCCUCGGACCUUGCGCCGCCCUUGCCGCCGGCCACCCGCCUGCUGCACAGCUACGAGCUGCGCCGCGCGCAGCGGCUCUCGGCGCAGGUGCUCAGUGCGCAGCGCGAAGUUGGCGACGGGGGCGGCCAGGCGCUGGAGGACCUCUUCACAGAGACCAGCACGGCAUGCAACACCAUGCCGGCCGCCAUGCCCAGCCACACGCUUGGAGUGAUGGUCCUGCGCGAUGGGGAGUUGUCUGUGGGCCUUCUCACGAAGGUGUGGCCGAAACCCGGCUGGACGGCGCCCUUCCUGCACCGCCGGGACACGCACAGCGCCUUCUGCUUGCAGCUUUGCGAGGUGCGGUGUGAUGGUCUUCUGACACCCUGGGAGUCCAUGGUGAAGCAGCAUUGGUUCAAAGCCUGCGACUUCGUGUGCUUGGCUGGACUUCAGCCAAUGGUCACGCGAGGGCAGUGCCGCGGCAAGUACCUGCGCCGGGAGAGAAACCGCUGGAAGCUGGAUCCCGAAAGCCUGGAGAGAUGGCACCAGAUGUACGAGCUCCUCGCACAGGCGGGCGAGCAGCAUUGAGAACUGCGACGAAAACGACUUGACCUAAAAAAGACCGGAAAAAAUGAAAAAAGAAAGAAAAAUAGAGCGCGCGCAGAAGGCAAGCUUCUGCUGUAGAACGCCUGCGAAAAAAUCUUCCAAAAAAUUAAAGAUGCAAAGCUGCCAGGUGACAACUCACAAAAGCCCAG